AUGGACCACCCACCACCCCUCCCCUACAUCCCAUACAUCCACAACCAGCGCCAACCCCAACCAAACACGAACAACGACCUCACCCAACCCACCGCACCCCGACCCCUCUACACCUUCGAAGCCCCACCACCCUCCUACCAACGCGAACGCACCAUAACCUCCUUAAUGUACUACCCGGGCCGCUGGACAGCCGAACGCCACGGAUACUGCCAGUCAUCGACAUCGUCGAUAGAAUCCCUUUCAACGGCAAGCUCGAGAGACGAGGAGGGAGGAUUUACGAGGUAUGAGGUUUUGUUUUUGGUGGUGGUCUUUGUGGUGGUGGCGACGUUUGGGGUUGUGGGUGGGGUUUUGGAUGGGAGGGGGAGGGCGGCGGUUGAGGGGGUGUAG